AUGAUUUCCGAAAAGUAUAUCGGCCUCAUUCUGGCCAUUACAUCCACAAUGGCGAUCGGUACAAGUUUCGUCAUUACGAAAAAGGGCUUGAUGCAAGCAUCCGAGAGGCAUGGCUUUGAAGGAGAAGGUUUCUCAUAUCUCAAGAGUCCCAUAUGGUGGGGAGGAGUGGUUACAUUGGCCGUUGGAGAAGUCGCCAAUUUCGCAGCCUACGCCUUCGCCCCCGCUAUCCUUGUCACGCCCUUGGGUGCGCUAAGUGUCCUGAUCGGUGCUGUUCUCGGAUCAUAUUUCCUCAAGGAAAGACUGGGUACACUUGGGAAACUAGGAUGUGCGAUGUGCCUCCUUGGCUCCGUCGUCAUCGUCCUUCAUGCGCCCCCAGACAAGCCGGUGGAGAGAAUUGAUGAGAUCCUGGGCUACGCGCUGCAACCAGGAUUCUUGAUUUACUGUCUCGCUGUUGCCAUCUUCUCUACCGUCAUGAUUUACCGCGUCGCUCCCGUCUACGGCAGAAAGAACCCUCUGAUUUACAUCUCUAUCUGCUCCACAGUCGGCUCCGUCUCAGUCAUGUCAAUCAAGGCAUUCGGUAUUGCGGUGAAGCUCACGUUGGGAGGCAACAAUCAGUUCACGCAGGCUUCGACCUACGUUUUCAUGAUCGUCACGGGUUUCUGCAUUUUGACGCAGAUGAACUACAUCAACAAGGCGCUGAACCAAUUUUCUACUUCAAUCGUCAACCCCCUCUACUAUGUCACCUUUACGACUGCGACCCUGUGCGCCUCAUUUAUCCUUUUCAAGGGAUUCAACACCACCGAUGCUGUCAACACCAUCUCCUUGCUCUGUGGAUUUUUGAUCAUCUUCUCCGGUGUAUAUCUUCUGAAUCUUUCCCGACACGACCCAGAUGGACGACAGAUGCUCAACGCGAAACUUGACGAUGAAGGAAUCCCAACGGACGGAAUCGCCGGAUUCCAGACUCGGAGGUCCAUGCAAUCCCGCCGCAGCAACGAGCCUCAUCGCCGGAGCUCUUCGGGGGCUUACAUGAACGGGCACGGAGACCGUGAAGGGCUUAUGCGUGCCUAUGAUGUCGAGAACCAGGCAUUCGGGCUGUCCGACCUGGCCGGGGACAGCGACGGAGAGCCAGGUCCUACCUACAAGCGAAGCGAAGAAGUAGAUCAUUCUUCUCAUCAGCCCAACAAGCAAUCCGCACUAUAG